UUCGUGUGGCCUACAAAUAUUUUGUCAUUUUACCGUAAAGAUGGUGGAAACAACACUUAUCUUCUCCGCUGCUAAAACUUCAUUUGAUCCUCAAGUGCAAGGAUGUUUGAUCAUCGGGAAACCGCGAAACCUUCAGACUGUUACAUUUGACAAUUUAGCGGAAAAACUUUCGCCACGAGUUGACGCUGCGGUACGGCACUUUUUUUUAUUUUAUUCAAUUAAAAUUUAUGUUUACAAUAAUUGAUUCUAUUUUCAAUUUGAAUAGCUUUUAUUCAAACAGCUUAUCUCAAAUUGUGUCGUAUGGUUUAUGUCAGUGUUACAUCGUGAUGUAGCAAAUGGUCAUUCCUGAUGAUCGAAAAAUAAACGUUUCACGGAACAAAAUAUGAUAACUCGUGUAAUAUUCGACUAGACUGGAUUGCGGAAAAUAAAUGCUAUUGGAGCAAUAUCCUCCGUUUAUUCUAUGGUUACAUUUAUCCAAUACAAUUAUUUUAUUAACUGUCGUCAACGCCACAUUUAGGAAGCGAAAUUUUGAGGCAGCGCUAUCACACGACUUUUGUUCUUAGAACCUAAAACCAUUAAAAAAAAGAGCGAAGGAAAAUGAUGAAGAGCACCAAAUGGUUAAAAAAAAACAUGCUGAAACAGUUUUCAUAUUAUUUUUAUUUAUCCUUCAGUUGGAUUUAGUGAUGAUAUACAUAUGAUACUAAAAUUUGGUGAUUCACAUGCUCUUUUAGAAGAAUCUUUUAGUUUCAUACCAAACCGAUUGCAGUACUCGAUUAACUUGUAUUCCAAGUAUUCAGAAAUUUCAUUUUCAGUUAACUCUUUAGGUCGUCUGUUAAUCUCCAACUGGUUAAAUUUAUAGAGGUUCAGGGUGACUUAUGAGGACUUCAUUUAGUUAUUGUAUGUUACGAUUUUGCUAUGGUAUUUGUAUAUAUAUAUUUUUUUUCAUUAUUAAUAAUUCCUUGGACCAUGAACAUUUGACUAAGAGGUUCACACAGCUAAUAUUUUCAGUUUCAGAGGAUCAAACUUUUUGGUUUUGAGUUGAGACAUGAAUCAAAUCUGAAAAGCUGAUACGGUAGCAUUACUGACCGAUUCUGUUCAAAAAACACUGAGCAGAGAAAAGAUGCUAUCAAAUGUCUAAAGAGAUGACUUGGAACCUUCACUUGUGCUGAACAGAUUUGUAACUGUUAAAUCAUCCAUCUCACAUACAUCCCUUUGAUUUCAUGGACUUUCUCAACCAUUACAUCUAUCCAAGAUGAUUGUAGUAAUUGUGUCCUUGCAAAUGUUAUUCUCUCUGUUUAAAGAGAAUACUCUGCUCCUUCCCCUCAAAUAUCCCUUCAUAUAUAAAUUAUCAUGCAGCAAGUAACGAGAAGUCAAAAACCUAUCAGCCCAAAGGGUGUUUUGGCAGAGUUCACGAGUCAUUUGAGUGUACAGAAUUUACCAGCUAGGCAAAAUUUGUACGUUUAAUGAUAAUCUCAGAUUAAAAAUGAGCUUUUCCUUUAUUUCUCUUGAAAUAAAGUGUACAUUAGGGCUUAGAUGUUUUGUGGGGGGUUACCUUAGCAUAACAAGAUAAUCAUAGCAAGAUAAAACUGCAGGAAACAAUAUUUUUAUUUAUUGAAACUUUUUAUAAAGCAACAAAGCUAGGUCAGAAAUUGUUUGCUAACACUGGCUUAACUCAAAACAAUGUGGAACUGAGCAAUUUUUUAUGAUCGCUCUUUCAGGUUAAUCUUCUGUAACUUUCUUGCUCUUUCAUUUUUUGGUCAAUGAAACUCUUGUUUCAUUUUUUAACUUCCUGCUCACCUAAUUGAUAUAAGGAAGACUGUAAUGAGCUUUAAGAGAGACUUGCUAAUCAGGUAAUGGUAGUUUAAAGGUUAAAGACAUGGUUUUUGGAUUAUCUUUUAGACAUUUAACCUUGUGCUUCACACCAUGGCUGGUUCAGAUGCUUGUCCAGUUUGGUUAAAUCAAGUGGUUAUUGGUGCUCUUCCUACUACAGCAAGUCGUCAUAACUCCUCAGCCAGUCCUCACUUCCUUAACAAGCUUGUCUGCAGCCAUCUUCCUGGAGGGGAUGCUUGUAUUGUGGUAUGCAGAUGGUUAUAUUGUCGUUUAAUUUUAUCCUUAGUUCAAAUUUUAUUUUCUUUUACUCCUGGGUAUUGUAAUGUAUAAUAAUGAGUUUGAAACAAAAGAAAAUAAAAUUUAAACCAAGGAUAAAAUUGAGCCAUAACAAUUGCAUUUUACAACAUUUUAGUACUUCUUGUAAUUGUAAACCUAACUUUGCUACUUUCUUUUCAUCAUGAUAUAGCUUUUCUCACCUUUCAGGGCUUUAGAGAUUUGACAGAGUUCAUAACCUGGGCCCUAAAAUGAAACACAAUGCAGCUGAUCUGGUGAUCAGUCAUGAAAUUCCAAACUAACAGUCAUUUUAAGGAAGACUUCUCCAUAAUUUAUCAUGGAAAUUUCAGACUAUUCUGAUGACUAGCAUAACAAGUAAAAGACUUUAUUAAUUAUAUUCCCUCUGUUUUUGUUUUGUUUUGUUUUGUUUGGGUUUUUUUGCCUCCCAGGUUGUCUGUGAAAGACAUGAUGCUUUUGCUUCAGCUUGUGCUAUUUCAAGGGCUUUCCCAACUUAUUCAAGAAAGACCUCUAAAGCUGCAAAAUUGUUAUCAAGAACUGUAACUGUAGAGUUCAUUCUUGUUGGAAACAAUGAUUCUCCAAUCUCAAGUGAAGAUGCAGCUUGUAUGAAUGUAGUUGCAGACAGCAUCCGUCUGAGUGCUCGCCUGGUAGAUAUGCCAUGUGGAGAUUUGCACACCACUGCAUUUGUUCAGGUGUGAGCUGAUACUUAAUAUGUAUAUCUUCACCACAUCUAAAAACCAAUGAUCCAUUGGAAAAUGACUAGAAUGCUCUGUACUGGUUUUAGUGCUAAUAACUCACAAAGUUAUAGAUAUAGAGUCUUGUUAUCAUUCUUUAUCACAACUAGGGUGUUUAAUGUAGAAGGAAAAAAAAGGUUAUUUUCAGAAAAGAAAAGCCCAGGAAAGUUUCUACCAUUUAUUUUAGAAAUAAUUGUAGUUUUUCUUGAAUUUUUUAACUGAACAGGAUAAUAUAAUUUGAUCAGGUUACAUGGCCCAGCAUCUCUGCACCCUGUAGAGGUCUUGUUCUAAAUGUGUUUUUCUGCCUUCUUUUGUCUCUUCAUGUCCUUUUUUGUCCAGGAAAUUACUAAAGUUGGUGAAGAAUUAGGUAUUGUUCCUGUUGUGAUCAAAGGAGAAGAACUUGAUCAAAAAGGUUUUGGAGGUAAGAUGAGCUGCAAUAUUUGUAAAGGGAUAAUCCUUUACUAUGAAUGCAAGUAGUACUGUAUUGAGCCUGAUGUCCUUUUAAGGAAUGCCAUCAUAUCAUAGGCCAUAAUAAUAGCUGACAUGGAGCUGGGGGUCAAACGAUUUUUUACCAGCCAUCUCCAUGUUACAAUUAUGUAAAUGGUAGAUAUCGGGGGAAGCCAGCAAAAAAUCAUCACAGGGCAAGCAAAAAAAGGAGCCUGCAAGGAAAGAGGAAAAGAGUUCCCCUCAAGAAUACAUGGAGAAGACACAUGGAGUCAGAAAAGAUUGAACUACACAUGGCACAAGCUAGAAAUGGUAACCUCUGAAAGAAGCAUAUGGGGAACAGAAAUCAUCAAUGGCCUAUGGUCCACCAGGGAGCCAAGGGAUCGCACUAAAUUAGAUAUCAAAUAUUUAUCCUUUCAUUACUUGUAACCAUAGGAUUUUAGGUAGCCUAAGAAUCAGUGCACUGUAUUCUGGAUUGAAAAGUCUAGGUUUAAGCCUCACCCUGGGUGUUUUCCUAUUACCUAGAGGGCAAUUCUUCUUGCCCGACCAGGAGUAUAAUUGGGUGCUCAUAAACUGUCAGGGAACCUCAGAAAAUAUUGGAGGGCUGGGUACAAGAGCAAACACUAGCGUCCCAUCCCAUGAGCAUUUCAACUGAAGCAGCAAAACACCUACUCACUUCAUGCUACAAUAACUGAUUGUAAUAAGCUCCUGUUGGCAAUUGAUUCAGACUCAUUUUUCCUGAUUAAUGUUCCCUUUAGGGUUGUAUGGAGUAGGAAAAGCAGCAGUGAACCCUCCAGCCUUAGUAGUAUUGAGUCAUACACCUAUGUCAGCUACACGGACCAUAGCCUGGUGUGGAAAAGGCAUAGUGUAUGACACCGGAGGACUGUGUAUCAAGGCUAAGGUACGAUGAAAAAAAAAAAAACAUCAAAGACACCAGGUAGAUGGCCAACGCACACGUAAAACCUUCGCGCGUUUCUCGCGUUCUGCGCCAAAAAAAAACCUACGAAGGUUAAUUUUGUGACCUGACUGUUCAUUUCACUUUUUCACCAACACAGAGUGCAUUUAGUGAUGCGGGGAAACCACUAUUGUGCAAUCGCCCUCUUAUAGUAGCCACAAAGAGAAUUAUUCAAUCAAAUAUGUGGAGGUAAAGAGUUAAAACUAAUUCAUUUUGCAGACCUCUAUGCUUGGGAUGAAAAGAGACUGUGGAGGGGCAGCUGGUAUUCUAGGAGCUUUUAGAGCAGCAGUAAAACAGGUCAGUAAGUUGCUGUAAUUAAAAACUUUCCUGUCUCCCACAACUUUCGUCCAAAACGUAUAUGCUUCAAACUUCUUCCCUUCACAUUUGCCCUUCAUAGUAAUGACUCUCACUGCCUUUAACGGAGAGUCGUACCACCAUGGCUUCUCUAACAUCCCCUUCGCAUGGGCGGAUCUAGGGAAGAGGUACAGGGGGUGCACACCUUGGUCCACCACCCCCCUCCCUCCUCCGUUGUCCCGCUCUGUGGCUCUAGCCAUCGGUCAACUUCCUUCUCGAUGCUCCUGUGCGAUAUCAAAUGCCCAAAUGCCACAAUUUACCAACGGCUAUGUAUAAAGUUUGAAAAUUAAUGAUAAUAAUGAUUCAGUUUAUGAUCCUUACACAGGGCUUUACUGAGAAUCUUCAUGCUGUGUUCUGCAUGGCAGAAAAUGCUGUUGGUCCUGACGCUACUAGACCUGAUGACAUUUUGACGUUAUACUCAGGAAAGUAAGUUUCAUCUGAAUAUCGUAAACUGAUUACAUUGCAGUGAGGUAGUAAGUUGUGUAUAGAGUCACGUCGUAUCGACUGUAGAGCAACUCCACUGUAAGGUCGAAAGUAAUGUGGGUCUCACCUUUCUUCACUCCGUGAUUGGUCGAGAAAUUUCUCACCAUCCUCUCAACCAAUAAGAUGUCAAGAUGCCAAACGUAACUCAUUUCUGACCAGGCCACUCGCUUUUUUCCGUGCUCCAAGCAUUUUUCUUGUAUCUUUUUUUACUUCUCAUCGGCUCACUGUGAUAUUUUUCCUGUGAUUGGCUGUUUUUACUAUGUCGGUUUAGUUUUACAAUACGCAAUCGAAAUGCGCUUUAAGCGUAAAGAACUUUGCAUCAGACCCCAACGUAGUUUGGAAGCUUUUCAUUGAGAAUGAUAAAAACUACAUCUGUUCAACGAGCAUUUAGACUUGUUUAUACAGUUUUUUCAGUCAAAAGUACUAAUUACCGACGGCCGAGGCGAAUAAGAAUAAAAAGCCGUUUACUAGAUGCAGUCACCAGUUUGUUCUUUUUUGAAUUGGAUUUAUAGAUUUCACAUAAUAAUUUAUUUCACAAUCGACCUUUCCGGAUUUGAUUACUGGCUGUAAUCAACGUGUACGUGUACGUGUAGGCUUGAAAAAAGGGAGACUGUAACAUCACCAUCUGUGUAUCACAUACAUGUGCUUGCCGUCACAAAUAGAUAAUUAAGUUAAAGCAUGACAAUCGUGACGCUGUUCUUUGAGGUUUUUCUCUGUCCUUUGAAACCCAAAGCAACAUUGUGAAACACGAAAAGGAGUCAGAAAGAAAGGAAAACUUUCGGGUCACCUUGCAAUGUUAAAUUUGUCUUUUUAUUCAAUCUGGUGUAGAACUGUCGAGGUGAACAAUACAGAUGCUGAAGGCCGCCUAGUUCUUGGAGAUGGGGUAAGACCUGUUUACAUGCAGAACAUUUUCAUUUUAGUGGUUGACCAUGGUUCUAUGACCAACCGCCGUUCAGAGACGAUGGAGGACCGUGCAUGAGAAAUCGUGAUGUUACUUGUGAAUACCUUACAUCAAAAACGCAUCACAGAAAGUCAAGACGGACGAAAUUUAUUGCAGCGCGCGCGCUAUUUGUAAUUUGCACUCGUUACAACUCUGCACCCGUGUUACAGGAGAAAUAUUCCCGUUUUCAGCCAAUCAGACGCGCGUAAUUUUGUUAUGUAUAUUGUUAAUAGCGUUCCAUGAUUGCAGGGUCAUUGUGGUAUGCCGUAGAUCUGUUCACUUUUCAGUAACCAAACUGCUACUUGUAUGAUGGAGUUUACCUUUCUCUUUUAUUCUCAGGUGGCGUAUGCCAAGAAGGAUCUCCGUGCCGACGUUGUCCUUGACAUGGCCACCUUGACUGGUGCCCAGGGUAUUGCAACGGGACGCUACCACGCGUCACUUUUGACCAACAAAGAAGUGUGGGAACCAGCUUGUGCUGCGGCGGGAAGAGCAAGUGGGGACUUGGUUGUGAGUAGUUAAUUGUGAUAUGUCAACCUUUCAGUGAAUCAGUUUUGACAUCCUUGACUUCAUUAUAGAGAACACUGUUAAACAAAAAGUCUCCGCUUGUGAUGAAGGUUAAAAGGACUUUUUCAAUCGACGACUGCGCUAAAGAUUUUGAAAUUUAUCUCCUUUUUUAGUCUGUUUACACACACUACGCUUUCGACAGCGCUUAUCUUGGCAGUAACCAGAUCGCUUGCCACUUUUGAAUUGCAUGUAAUUUUGUAAAAAAGCUCGCCUAGCACAUUUCUGUAGCGCAAGAGGUGAAGUAACCGAUGUUUACAACCGUUUACAAUCGAUCAUGAUAUUGGCAGGUCCAAAGUUCCAAUCUUUGUGGAGGUCGCACAUUUUUUCUUUCUCCUUUCAGGCUCAUCUCUGGCGUGGAAUUUCUCAUUUUAUUCUUAUGAUAUUGUUUAACAGUGUUCCACAUUGUUCAUCUGUUUCUCGUCUACGAUAUCGACUUAAAAAUCUGCUCAGUUUUAAACCUAUUUCCACUCUCUUAAUUGUUCGUUGCACUUUUUUUAAUUCUUUCAGUUUCCCAUUCCAUAUUGCCCAGAACUUCAUUUCUCAGAAUUUUCAAGUGCAUUAGCAGAUAUGAAAAAUUCAGUACAAGUAAGUUAUUUAAUGUAUAAUUUGUCUUGCCAUAGCAUUUGGUAAUCACAAUUUACCAUAGGAAUAAGCAGAGCAAAGCAUGGAAAAUAAUUCCCCUUAUUUUUAGGCACGUCGCUUACUGAGAGUCGAAAGUAAUCCAUGACUGCUCAAGUUUGCAUGGCUACGCCUUGCGAUUGGUCGAGAAAACUUACGCAACGUUCUCAACCAAUCAGAGGCAAAAAUUAAAGCCAGUCGUGAUUACGUCACCCAAGUUUGCCCUCGCUUGAAGUGAGCUACCGUAGCUUCUUGUUUUAGUUCGCUCCUUAUUAUAUUUUACUUUCAAACGUCUAGCGUUUGAGUGGAAAGCAAGAGAAUACAAACUUAGCUAUGAGGGACUAAUAGCUACGAAACUCACUUCCAUAUGACGUAAAUACAUGUCAGUUUAAGGGAUACAUCAUAAAACCUUUUGUUUUACGCAGAAUCGUGAUAAUGCUCAAGUGUCCUGUGCUGGCCUUUUCAUUGGUAUGUAAUUUAUGGAGGAUUUUUGGGAUUACUGUAGAAACUUUGUGCAUUAACCGACAACAAUAGACGAAACAUCGCUCAGCAGAUUCAAUCACGUAUAACGUAAAAAGAAUUGUUUAUGUCACUCUGUUUCUAAGAAGAUUUUUUUCAUAUUGCACUUUUGCAGCCUGUAUAGUUUGACUUAUAAAGAAAGCCUCACCUUGGUGAUAUGGGAUGCUUUUUUUUCCUUUUUUUUCCUUUAUUAAGCGAACUUUUUGCAGAAGAUAACUUGACCUUACACUUGAACUUGAAUUAUUUCUAUUUAUAGGUUCCCACUUAGGAUUUGAUUUCCCUGGAAGCUGGUUACAUAUUGAUAUGGCUGCUCCAGCUCAUAUGGUGAGCAAACUCAUGAGCGUGUAACAACAACUAGUCAAAUUUUGCCUCUAGCCAUGCUAAACUACUCUAAUAUUUCGCGUAAAACUUGAAUUCAAAUCUCGAGCUUGUAGAGCAGCUCGUCCCAGACUCUCAAGGUCUCUGCAGAAUUGACGAGCGUCUUUGCUAUUGCAGGGUGAAAGGGCAACAGGUUACGGAGUGGCUCUCUUGGUCACCUUAUUUGGAAAAGCGUCCUCGUCGAAACUCCUUCAGAGUAUCGCACCAGAACUGCCGGCAAAGGACUCUGGGUUUGGCUAUUGAAGAUGAUUAUGGUGUCGUCGGGCCGAACAAAAUGGCUGAUUGAAUAGGGAAGACUUGAAGACUUGAAUAAGACUUGAAUAGGGAAGAAAUGUUUUGACUGAAAUUUGAACUUAGACUUACGGUUUUGAAUUUUGACCACGUAGAGAUUCUGAUGCACAUUCCAUAGUUCUCCCUUUU